AUGAAUAUCCAGAGUUUGUGUCCCUAUGGCCUGAAGAGUUUGAUGGAGUGUGCUUCCAGAGCCACACUCCUCUCACAGCCUGCCGACAUCCCCAACUUUUUACUGCAAUAUAUGUCAGAGCAGAUCACUUUCAGAAAAUCUCAACCUGAAGAUGAUCCGAAGGUUGUUUCCUUCAAUUACCAAAAGAUAUUUGAGAAGAAUAUGCUGAGAAAGACGGAGACACCAAUUGCCACCAUCGAAACAUCCGUUCAGACCCCAGGAACACGCCAGCUCUUACCCACACCAAUCCCCCAAAAACCAACUCCUGCAGAUAAAGCUUCAACAUCCAUGGUCCCCAGCCAGCCCUCCAAAACACCAGCUAUCCCAGUACCAGUUGUUAAAUGCAAGCUUGUUCCUCCACCAAUCCCUGAAGAGAAAGCAGAUGAAGCUUCAACAUCCAGGGCCAUCAGCCAGCCCUCCAAAACACCAGCUAUCCCAGUACCAGUUGUUAAACGCAGGCUUGUUCCUCCACCAAUCCCUGACGAGAAAGCAGAUAAUGCUUCAACAUCCAGGGCCAUCAGCCAGCCCUCCAAAACACCAGCUAUCCCAGUACCAGUUGUUAAACGCAGGCUUGUUCCUCCACCAAUCCCUGAAGAGAAAGCAGAUAAUGCUUCAACAUCCAAGGCCAUCAGCCAGCCCUCCAAAACACCAGCUAUCCCAGUACCAGUUGUUAAACGCAGGCUUGUUCCUCCACCAAUCCCUAACGAGAAAGCAGAUAAUGCUUCAACAUCCAGGGCCAUCAGCCAGCCCUCCAAAACACCAGCUAUCCCAGUACCAGUUGUUAAACGCAGGCUUGUUCCUCCACCAAUCCCUAACGAGAAAGCAGAUAAUGCUUCAACAUCCAGGGCCAUCAGCCAGCCCUCCAAAACACCAGCUAUCCCAGUACCAGUUGUUAAACGCAGGCUUGUUCCUCCACCAAUCCCUAACGAGAAAGCAGAUAAUGCUUCAACAUCCAAGGCCAUCAGCCAGCCCUCCAAAACACCAGCUAUCCCAGUACCAGUUGUUAAACGCAGGCUUGUUCCUCCACCAAUCCCUGACGAGAAAACCAGAGGUGUCCGGACAUCAGAAAAAGAAAUCCUGGGUAAGGCAGAGACACAAAAUGCCAAAAUCAAAACAUCAGUUCCACCUGCAGAUAAAGCUUCAGCAUCCAGGGCCAUCAGCCAGCCCUCCAAAACACCACGUAUCCCAGUACAAGUUGUUAGGCGCAGGCUUGUUCCUCCACCAAUCCCUGAAGAGAAAAGAGGUGUCCGGAUAUCAGAAACAAAAAUCCUGAGGAAGACGGAGACACAAACUCACAAUAUCAAAACGGUAAAACCAAAACAAAAAGGAAGCGGAAUACUGAGACCAGAAAGCACCAAAGAAUCAAAGGAAGCAGGGACAGAAAGCAACAAGCCGAAAGCUAAGGUCCAGGAGAAGUCAAGUCAGCCUAACCAAUUGCCAGACAUGAGCAGAGGAGAUAGGGUUUUGUGGAUGGAUAGGGAAAGGGUUAAACCAAUCCUCAACAGAGAGGUUGGAGGUGUACAGAAAAAAGCGUUCUGUAGACCAGCUUUAGUAGUAGAGGGCAAAUGCUUCCCUAACUUGCAUGGUUUGUCGACUCCAAUCAUUAUCAUAAAAUACAGGCGUAUACAUGUUAGAGCCUCACCUUAUAGCCAAAGUAGUCCCUCGCUCAAUUCCUAUGGAUUAUAAUGAGGACCCCUAAAACGCCCCACUAAACUAUCUGAAACUUGAGGGGCCAAGACAGACUAGAAAAUGAGCAGAUAGUAUUUAAAAUAUUUGUAACAAUUUGACACUACACACAUUUAGAACUUAAAAUACCGGUAACCACUACCCUCAAAACUAACGAUCAACUAAUAACCCACUUUAUCAUGUGCGUUUUGUAUGACUUCAUCAAAAUAGGAAAAAUACACUCUAAGCAAUUAAUAAGAAUUGUUUUAAAAUUGCAAUCGACUAGAGCAACAUCCAAAUCAAGGUAUUGGUUCAAUAAGAAAAAUAACAAAGGAAAUUGUGUCAAAUGACCAUUUUGAAUUAUGUACUGUAACGGGUUUCUGAGAUUUAUUUUCCCGCAAAUGAUAAAUUAAGGCGAGCAAACUUGUUUGCAACAGUUGCUCGCAAAAAAAUCUCUCUUUAAUCAUUUCAAUAUUGUUAAUGUAAAUCGUUAUCUCCUUCAAAACCAUGAAUAAUAUCAGGAAAUAAUUAUACAUGUAUCAAAAUCGCAUAAUAGACAAAUGCAAUAUCCAAAUCGAGGUGUAGGGUCAAUAAGAAAAAUAACUAAGGAAAGUGUGUCAAAUGACCAUUUUGAAUUAAGUACUGUAACGGGUUUCUGAGAUUUAUUCGCCUGCAAAUGAUAAAAUAUUACGCCGAGCAAACAGUUGCUCGCAAAAAAUCUCACUUUGAUCAUUUAAAUAUUUUAAUGACAAUUAUGAUCUCCUUCAAAACCAUGAACAUUCAAUUGCACAUAUCACUGAAAAAUAAUUGCAACCAGAUCUUUUUUUACUGAAUAGCCCUACUCAGUCAGUCAGUCAGUUUAAAAAAUAUGCAAUUGACUAGGAAAAGUAAAGCACUCGUACUUUGUUCUAAAAUAAGCACACAACCAUGGUACUAAAUAAGAAGUAGCAUCAGUAAACAUAAGGUGAGGCAAGUUUAUAGCACGUUUAUAACACAAGGCAAUUCGAAGUGCUUGAGUAAACGUAUAAAGGUUUUGAAAUGGCAGUUAGUAGUAAACAAUAAUAAGCUGUGUUGUUGCAGUCUGAAGCGAAGUGGCACUCUAGUAAAAUGCCAAAGGGACUGUUUUUCAA